ACGGCCAUUAAUGAUAUGCCAACCCCUGGCCGGGCUCUGUCCUUCCAAAAUCAUGAGCAUCUUCAAAGCUCUGUUUCUUCUCCUCUUCCUUCCAUCCACCAUACGAGUUACAGUUACAGAGCCUUGCCCAAUCUCCAUGUGCGGCAGCAAAGGCAUCCCUAUUCGGUUUCCCUUCCAACGGCAAGACCAAAACUGCGGCUAUCCUGGCUUCAACCUGAGCUGCAGCGGUGAUCAGAUAACGGUUCUUAAACUUCCUUACGCCGGAGAAUUCUUUGUCCGCGGCAUCGAUUAUAUAAUGCAACAGAUACAACUCUACGACCCCGAUAACUGCCUUCCACAACGCCUUCUCCGCUUCAACCUUUCAGGGUCUCCGUUUGCUGCUGCGUAUUCUCAGAUGUACACAUUUCUCAGCUGCCCAUCUCAGCUCGCAAAGCCUAGCGGGUUCACAACCGUCGAUUGCCUCGGCAGCUCCACCAACUCUGUUAUAGCUACUUCGUCGACGAGUCUUGCGAAUUCGAUGCCUCCGUCAUGCAAGAUCAUUGCCACGCUGGCAGUUCCGGUGACAUGGCCAGAUCGUUAUUACGAAGGAUUCUCGACUAGCCUUAAUGGAGAUCUUCGCUUAAGAUGGGACGUACCUGAUUGUGGAGCUUGCGAAGCACAAGGCAGUUUGUGUGGGUUCAAGAGCAAUGCUAGUCAAGAAAUUGGUUGUUUCGAUUUUCCAAAAGCCCCAGGCGAAAACAGUCUCCGAAUUUUCAGGAUCAUGUGCUUCUCCAUUGCCUUACCGGCUAUCACAUUUAUCAUUGGGUUUGCAUGUUUCGCAUGUUUCAUGGACGCUGGCAGAAGAAGUAGGGCCAACAUUACUGCAGCUAUAGUGUCACCACAACCAACCAUCGUCAUGACGGGUCUGGAUGAGUCCACCAUUCAAUCCUAUGAAAAGCUAGUCCUUGGGGAGAGCCGGCGGCUACCGGGACCCAAUGACAGCACUUGCCCGAUAUGCUUGACGGAGUACUGCACCGAAGAGACGCUUAGAUGUAUACCGGAAUGCCAACACUGCUUCCAUGCCGAUUGCAUUGAUGAGUGGCUCCGACGGAAUAAUAGCUGCCCAGUCUGCCGAAACUCUCCAUCCCCUGCUCAGAAUGUUAUCUCAAAUAAUGAUUGAUAAAUUGUAAUUACCAUUCUUCAGUGUACGUAGUCUUCUUCCAUUUUGUUGUACAUGGAGUCGAUCUGUAACUUCUUGUGUAUUUUAACAUGUCUUUACUCUUAAUAUCCUUAGUUGCAACACCUGUCAUGCUUAGAGAAAAAGCAAUUUCAUGGAUUUUGUUCAUUUACAUUAGAUUUUUUGCCGGAAGCUGUAAGCAUUCAAUUCAUGCCAAGAAAAUUGUAAGCAUUCAAAAGGGACAUUUGAAUUUGUAUAUUCGUCCAUUGAAAA